AUGCACAUCCGAUAUCACACCAUGAUCCAAGCGGGAUCGAGUUCAAUAUAUCGAUGUUCUGGCAUCAGAGCGGUUAUCGCGUUGUUGGCCCGAUGUUCAGUUCGAGACAACUCCCUCUCAGGUCUUCAACUCCGGGAGACUCUCUCAGAGCUCGUUCACGGCGCCAACACAAUCCUCCACCAUGGACUAUCGACGGGUAGAAACUUCUGUGCCUCCAAGUACCUACUCAUAUCAAAGGACUGGGACGUGGCAUUCAAUGAAGGGGAUAAUUCGGUCGAGGAUCUUAAGGCUAGGACUGAUGAGCCAGUUCUUGCGCUUUUUGAAGGCGGGGAGCCAGUGGUCCUUACUAGGAUCAACCCAGUAUCAACUACCACAGCGCCCAACCAUGUUGAGCCAAAUUACAAUGGCCUAAUGAGACCGGAGCAGCCAGCUGGCCCGCAGAACCGGUAG